CUUCUUAGUGAAAAACUGAGCUCAUUUGUCGUUUUAUUGGCAGUGUAGCCAUAUGCAGACUCGAGUCAGUUUACAACCACACUGCCUGACGGUCCGCGGAGAUUUCGCUAGAUGGGCUAUUUCUCUGAGAAGCUAGCUAGCGUUAAGUGGCUAGCUAGCUAAGCUCGCUAGCGACAGAUGGGUCUCUCCUAGCAACUUGCUAAUAAUUCAUUAGCAGCUUGGCGAUGGCUGACUUACUGCUGACUGUUUACGACGACGACCAGUCAAACGUCUUCUUCGACUGCACGAUUUGUAACAGAAGACUGAACGGUGAAACUCAGUAUAAGGUCCAUCUAACCACUUUACAGCAUUUGAAAAAGGAAGAGGCCGAGGCUGCUAAGGGCCUCAUCCCUAUGCCACUCCCACUGCCGGAAUGGACAGAUAUCAAACAAUACUUGAAAUACCUCAACCUUGAUGAGCCCAUUAUAGGACUUGGUGCUUUGGUACAAGAGGAAGAUGCUGUCACAGAUGAUGGCAAAGUCCAGUUGAGGUACAGGUGUAAAAUGUGUGCAGUAGUGAUGGACAUGUGUACGAUGGUAUGCCACAUUGUCAGCCGCAAGCACCGUCAGAAGUACCUGCAAUUGAAGAGGCCAGACUUGGUGACGUGGCAGAAAAACAGUUCACAGAAGCAACCAGGUCUUGUUGCGAAGGCUAAGGCUGCGCUUGUGGAAAAGCAAGAAGGAUGGGGAUGUCCAGUGGCACUCAGCCGGCCAAACGAGGGCCAACGGCAAAAAAAGGAUUAUCAAGGCCAUGGAAGAGAAGAAGACACUCAUUCUUAUACUCAUGAAAGGUCCUACUCUGGGCGAGACGGAAGUGGGCCAUUUCCCUUGGCUGAAGAUGGUUACAAACGAUCGUAUUUGAAGGAUGAUGCUCUUGGAAAGCCAUCUCGUUAUCAUGAGGUUGACCUGUAUGAAAUAUCAUCUAAAGAUAAUGCAGCUCAUGGGCGCUCCUACCCAGAGAAUGACAGAUGUGAAAUGACAAACUACCAAGGUGGCAGACAAAGAUAUUAUGAAGAUGACAACUGCUCUGAAGGAGCUUAUUUAAAAGGAGACAUUAGUGUAAGGUCUUUUCUGGAAGAAGAUAGUAGUGGAAGACACCAAAUUGACAGAACCAUUCCAGCAAGGUCUUAUAGUGGUAAGCGUCAAGAUGAAUGCUACCCAGAGAUAAAUCUCAGAAGAGGGUGGAACUCCAAUUCAGAUAUGCAAGACAUGCAUCAUGGUGGUCUUCCAGGAAGCAAAUUUGCUGACACAGAGAUGAGUGGUUCGUCUCGAUACCUAGAAGAUACAGACUACCGGCAGGACAGGCAAAUUCAAGAUCGGAUGUACACUUCAUGUGAGGGAAGAGGACGUAGCAUAGAUGAACUGCAAAGACCAAGAAGAAGCUUCCAGUAUGCAGAGGAGGAAAGGAAACAUGUUCCAAAUGUAGAAAAUACAGCAAGGGCUGGGUCCUUUGAGGUGCAAGACUACACCCAAAGACACAGAGAUGAUUUGGAAGACUACACUCAGGAAGAUCGCCCUGCUAAAAGGAAAAGGAAGAGUAGGUUCUCUGAUGCUACACCAUUAGAGAUAGCACUUGCACAGAAGAGAUUUUUUGAAACCAUGGCUCUGAAAAACCCAGGAAGAGCGGUUCCCACAAAAUCUCAAGAUUUUCAUAGGUGGGUGGAUCAGCGUGGGGACAUGCAGGAGGAAAGAUGUCUAGAUGACCAUGGAUUUCAGGAAACCACUACAUAUGAGCAUGGCCAUAGAGUUUUUCAAGAAGCAAGAACUUUCACAAAUGAUUCCACAAGUCUGCAAGAGAGCCGACGGUUUGAGGACAAUUCCAGAAAUGUAAAAAAUGAAAGAUAUUUUGAAGACCGCAGACACAUUCAGGACAUGAAGGGAUAUGAAAAAGCCUCUUACCAGGAGUCUUCAAAAUAUAAAGAUCUCCCAAGAGAUUUUCAAGAAUCAAGACAAUGUGAAUAUGAUCGUACCAAUUUCCAGCAGUCAAGAGGGUUUGAGAACUCCAGAGAUUAUCAACAUGGAAGAUGUUUUGUAGAUGGUCCUGCCAGUUUCCAACAGGCAAAAGAAUUUAAGGACAAGCCUAAAGGUUUUCAACGUGGAGGACAUUUUGAAGAUUAUCCUUCAGGUUUCCAGCAGGCCAGACGUUUUGAUGACAACCCCAGAGUAGGGCAUGUUGAUGAACCCAGAAGCUUUCAAAACAUUAGACAGAGCAGGGGUACUGACAAACCUAUAGGUUAUGAAAACUAUGAAGGACGAAGAGCAGGAGCAGAUGGAAGGUAUAGUGAAGGUGACUUCAGACACUCUCAAGCCAGCCUUGACAGUCAGCGUGAAUUUGAAUGGGACCCUAAAAGAAGGGGAUCAGCUGAACGAUCUGAAGAUCUCAAGAAUUACUAUCCACGUUAUGACAAUGAUGAUAGAAGAGAUACAAGAGUCUUUUCAGAGAGCCUUUGGAAGUCCAGGCCUCAAAGAAAAGAAGAAAAGGUGUAUGGUGUGAGACAAGCACAAAGGCCACGUUAUCAGCGCGACGGUGCUUCUGGUGCGGAACCUUAUGAUCCGUUUCAUCCGUCAUCUUCUCCGCCUCAGGAACUGGCACCCCCCUCCAGUCUUGAAAAGCUUGCUGUCACUCUCCUAGAGCUUAUGGCACGUAAAUCUAAUUAAAAAGUUUCCUAAAUUAUGUAUAGAUACAUGUGCAGUUGCUAUUCUUCUUAAAAGGAAUUGAAUGAUAGUGUCAACAAAAAUACAUGUAUUUUUUAAUUGUGCUUAAUUUAUUAAUUUCUAGAGCACUGCUUAUGUCAACUACUCUUUAUCUUUAAAGUCACCCAUGACUGGGGUGUAUUCAUUGCUUGUUUUAGUAAAAAUACAGGAUUGCUGACACUUGA